UCUCUCUCUCCCUUUGACUCUGACUCCUUCACUUCCCUAACCUCUCAGCAAUGAGCUCUUCUGGAAUCGAAUCAGUGAAGCAAGCUAUGGUCUCGGAGUCGUCGAACCCGGAGUUGCUGUUCUCUACCAAGACUCCUAACAAACUCGUUAAAAGACAGAUCUUUUCUUCGUCCCCAAAACCUGAAAUCGUUGUCAAAUUACCCGAAAGAUUCGAGAUUCUGGAGGUAUUUUUCAAUGGGUUGGACACUGCAAUUAGGUUGCUUAAAUUGAAGGGUUCUUUGACGACAUUUGCCAACAUAUGUCCCAAGAUUGAGUAUCUCACUAAUCGGAUAUUCUCUUAUGAUCAUUUGGCUCAGAUGAAGCAUAUUUAUCCAGAAGCCAUCGAGCUUAAGAGAGUUCUAAAGUCUGUUGAAGACACUUGUUGUAUGAAACCUAGUCUUCACGUUAACUUAAAUACCGACGCAAUUGUGCUUGACAACAAAACUUGUGGAACUAAAUACAUGGAACUUAGGAAGCUGUUCCACUCAAAGCUUGUUGAUUUUUACAAAGCUCAUCCUAAGGACGAUAUUCCCAAAGAACUGCUUCCUGAACCGUUUAAUUCCCCCAGAAGGGAUAGUUAUUCAGAUACAGUAAGUGUCGGCUUAGGAGCACCUAAACUUGAAGUUGGAGGGUUUGAUGUUCAUAUGGAGGAGAUGGAGCAAGAAGAAGAAAUAGUCAACAACACAGUGAUUUCAGAUUUGACUUUAUCAGAUGGAACUAAAGAAGGCUUAUUAUCACACAUAGAGUCGAGUAUAGUUCAAACCCCUGUCAAAGAUUUAUCCACUCCCUCCAAAGACUUGUCCACACCAAUCCGGGUCAUGAGUGCUACACCAACAUUGCAGCUAUCUAAAAGAUGCAUUGAGUUUACUCCAGAUGGUGGUGUUGAUGGUAAAUCUGUUAGAUCAACAAAUAGUUUGGCAAAGGGUCCAUCCCGCAGUCUGAAUUUUGAUAGUUUUGAGGAAGAUGCAUUUGUGAAAGCUGACAUCGGUAACGAAUCUUAUGAUGAAGCUGAUGAUGCCUCUGAUGAAGAUAGCCGCCUUCAGUCAGUAAAGGGUCCAUCUCGCAGUCUGAACUUUGACACUCUUGAGGAUGACGCAACUGUGACAGAUGAGAUCAGUAAAGGAAUCAACUUUGAAGCUGAUGAUGUUGCUGAUGAAGAUGGUCUUCUUCAGUCAAUGAAAGAGAGACCAAAGACUGAACUCGAGAAGGAAAAUUUACCACAGCUUGUUAAUUUGAUUCAUAAAUUGUUUCACUCAACAAAGCAAGCGGUCAUCACGAAGGAGGAGCUUCUUCACAAGAUUAUUGCAAGCCAAAUCCAUAUAACCGAUAGAAGGGAAGUGGAGGAACAAUUAAGUUUGAUGUUGCAAUUAGUUCCGGAUUGGAUCACUGAAACAAAAGCAUCUUCUGAGUAUGUUCUUGUUCGCAUCGAUAAAAUGUUGGCUGCUGAAACAGUACGUGCAAAACUUGAAGAAGCAACUUCACAGGACAUUUCAAUUGUCUACUGAAAAACUCAUAAAACUGAAUGUUUUUGCGUUAUUAUCCUCUUAGCUCAAUCAUCAUUAUUCUUCACAAAGUAGCUUCUUUCUAAGCUGCUUCAACCAAUAAACUUGUAAUAUUCAUUUAUAAACAUAAUAACAUGUUUUGAAUUCGAGACAAAACUUCAUUUAA